GUGCUCGGGGCAGCGCCAGCCCGGGUGGCCGCGUGCAGGGCGCAGGCUGAGCCCGGCAGGGAAGAUGGAGCUGGCUACGCGCUCCCAGAUCCCCAAAGAAGUCGCUGACAUCUUUAAUGCCCCCAGUGAUGAUGAAGAGUUUCUGGGUUUCCAGGAUGAUGUUCACAUGGAGAACCUGUCAGAGAGCUGCGAUAGUUUGGACUCGCUGGAGUUGCAGAAACAGCAGGAUGUGUGUUUCCAUUCAAAAUACCUCACUGAAGAGCUAAAAAGAAUUUUCAUAGAGGACACAGAUUCAGAAAUUGAAGAUUUUGAAGGAUUUACCGAGAGUGAGCUGAACAUGAACAGUGACCCAGAGCUCGUGGAGUCAGAGCUGAGUGAAGGUGGCAAGACAUCUGUGGUGAGUGAGGAGGAGGAAGAUGAGGAAGAAGAGGAGGUUGUGCCUAGAAAAGGCAGGUCCACGAGAAGCAGUUUUGGUCUUCGAGUAGCCUUUCAAUUCCCCACCAAAAGACUGUCAAAGACACCAGAUAAAAACAGCUCACACUUAGCGGACAGUAAGACUGAUCUCGGAAGGGGGAAAAGCUGCAGACAGGCCAAGGAGCGGGAAGACUCUGCCUCCGAGUCUGAGGAUGACUCCAGGGCAGAGAGCCAGGAGAAUUCGGAUGCUCUGCUGAAAAGGGCCAUAAACAUCAAAGAGAACAAGGCCAUGCUCGCUCAGCUUGUGCGAACCCCGUCCUCUGCUUCUAAGAGGAGAUCGGCUCGGCGGGCCUUCUCAGAGGGAAAGAUCAUAGGGCACAUGAACCCAACCCGGAGUGCACGCCCCCCAGAGAAGUUUGCUCUGGAGAACUUCACCUUCUCGGCCACCAAGCUCACCGAAGAGCUUUACAGCUUCAGAAGAAGGAAGACCAUUAGUGGGGGGAAAUGCCAGAAGUAUAGACGGCGUCACCGAGUAUCUUCUUUUCGCUCCGUGAAAGACAUCACUGACGAAGACUUGGAAAAUGUUGCCAUAACUGUGCGUGAUAAAGUCUACGAUAAAGUGCUGGGUAACACCUGCCAUCAGUGCUGGCAGAAGACCAUUGAUACCAAGACGGUGUGUCGGAACCAGAGCUGUGGUGGUGUGCGGGGACAGUUCUGUGGGCCGUGCCUACGGAAUCGCUAUGGGGAGGAUGUGCGGACCGCAUUGCUGGAUCCGGAGUGGACGUGUCCUCCCUGCCGCGGGAUCUGCAACUGCAGUUACUGCCGGAAGCGAGAUGGCCGCUGUGCCACUGGAAUUCUCAUUCAUCUGGCCAAGUUUUACGGCUAUGAUAAUGUCAAGGAAUACCUGGAGAGCUUACAGAAGCAGCAGUAGAAGACGAGCGAGAGGAGAAGGAACGCGCGAACGUACCCGAGUCCCACUAGAGAUGCCUGCCAUCUGUGCCUAGCCUUAGAGCCGAACUUCACAAAAGCUUGUGUCCUAGAACUUACUGUUUCUAAUAUACUAUUUUUUUCUAAGAAGUUUAUAUGCUUAAAAAGAUUUCUCAGGAAAAUAGUACAGCAGAGAAAUCUGUAUACACACCUGCGCAGACCUGUAUUUGUUACAAAUAUCUGCUGCAGAUUUAAAAGCACAAUUUCAAUGGGGCAGAGUUAAAGCUCAGGUAAGUUUCACACAAGAUGCUGUUGCCUUUGCUGUUCAGCUCUCCCAUAGUCAUUCAGGCUACUCUUCUUACAGAGACUGUUGCUCUGCCUCCUGAGUGACCGUAGCUCAAAUCUAAUGUUUAUCAUGCUCUAGAUACUGAAUUCUGGGUCAUUAGAAAUUUAUAUUGAAGAAUAUAAGAAUUCCCCCUAAAUGACCAAGUGCAAUUAACCACACACUGUGAGUAAGGUGUCCUUUUUAUUAAAAGACAACAA